AUGAAGAGGCAAUAUCUUCCAAUAGAGGCUCUUCCAGCAUGGGCAAAGCUCAACAGUGUCAUGUUCCAUGGGGUUGAAGUCAAACGGCUGCCUACUAGCGAUGAAAUCGACAAGGGCUCAGCAAUCCUUGCGACCAGCCGAGGAGAAGGCCUAGAAUCGACAUCUGAUGAUUCAGAUCUCGAGCCAGAGAUACUCAUAAAAGUGCCACCUGAUUUAAUUCUUUCUCUUCUCAGGGUUGAAAUUCACGCAAAGUCUGAUAAGUGCUUGAGAGAAGUCCUAGAAGCGACUACGAGCUUUGGAAAGAAGAGUCGAGGCGCGAUAUUGAUCUUCUUGCUACUCUUGAUUACGCAUACGAGCGUAGAGAAAGGAGAGCAUGUGGGCAUUUCCUCGCCAUGGACGGAGUAUAUCAAGUUUCUCCCAGCGGUCUAUGAGCUGCCAACAUUCUACACGUUGGAAGAACGCGAACUUCUACGGGGUACCUCCCUGGAGCCUGCCCUGGACACAAAGAUGCAGUCCCUAGCACGGGAGUUUGACCGUUUACGGGAUAGCACGUUCAACAUCCCAUGGUGCCAGAAAGACUGGUGGCAUCCCGAGACGGGGCAAAUAGGGUUUGAAGACUGGAAGGUUGUCGAUGCGAUGUAUAGAUCUCGCGCGAUGGACCUGCCAGGGACGGGUGAUGCGAUGGUUCCAUGUAUCGAUAUGGCGAACCAUGCUGCUGGAGAUAAGACGCUAGCACGGUAUGAGACGGAUCCCGAGGGAAAUGCUGUGCUCCAACUGCAGUGGGGCCAAAGACUGAGCGAAGGGGAGGAAGUUACAAUCACAUAUGGGGACAAUAAGGGGGCGUCGGAAAUGAUAUUCUCCUAUGGCUUUAUAGACCAGGGUGUGAGUAGUGCGCAACAAAUUUUUCUCGAUCUAGAUAUCCCCGAUGACGACCCACUUAAGCCAGCCAAAAGGGCCGUAUGCGAGGAUGGCCCUGGGGUUCGUAUUUCCGAUGCGGGAGACACGCAGGGCCUCAGGACAGCUUGGCAGAGCGAUUUUGUCUGGUGGGUUUGCGUCAACGAGGAGGAUGGGUUGGAGUUCCGGGUUUUGCAGUCGAAUGACGGGGGAAGAGAGCUACGGGUAUUUUGGAAAGGGAAGGAAAUAACUGGGUCGCGCCAAUUAUGUGAUAUGUUGGCAGAGGAUCCGAAGUGGGAUAUCUUCCAACUGCGCGCGGUGGUGGUUAUACAGGAGCGCGUUGCUAACCAGCUUGCCCUACUCCAAGCAAGUAACGAAUAUGUCCGCGGAUGGGCAGAUAAGGUGGACGACUCGCUUAUUCGAAGGUCCGUUUGGGAUACGGUGAUGAAGCUUCGAGCGCUGGAAGAGAAACUUCUAACGAGAAGCAACGACGAUCUAGACGAAAAGAAGCUAGAGUUGCUCGAGUCAAAAACCGUUCAGACCUAUCUAAAUUCCCAUGGCCCUGGUUCUGAGAUCGCUGAAGAUUUCUCCUAA